ACACCGCACGCUUUUCUCUUCUGGUACGCAUCGGAUAGAGCGCAUUGGCUCGCAACAGGUAGCGGAAAGUUCAACUCUCUGCAGACACUUCACGCCACGUUUUUGCGCCAUGUUGAAGGUUGAAUCCCCAGCGUCACAGUCAUGGGCCGCAUACUUUUGGACACAGUUCCAUGGAACCGCCUCGCACCAGCAGCUUGUCGAAUGGCUUACUAACGUGCAAUCGAAGUGGCCAACGUACGAGCCGCUCCUAGUCAAUCUCUUGUGCGCGAUAUUUGGCGUCUGGGUCUCCUUCAAGAUAUCCUUGCCCCUCAAGAAAUGGUUCGACGAGCGUGCGAACCCCAUCCGCCUCGAGUGCCCUCUUGCCGCGUGGCCAGGCUACAGUGGUCCAAUUUUGGAGGAGCUGUCCAUCGAGGCCAAGGACAAGCCAGGAAUGAUUCAAUGCUAUGACCCGGCGACAGGUUACCAUCUCGGUGAUGUACUAGCUGAUACCGCUGAGACGAUCAAUGUGAAAAUCGAGUGUGCCGAAGCGGCACAAAAGAAGUGGAAGAAGAGCAGCUGGGCAAAGAGACGGCAGCUGAUGAACUCAAUCCAAAAAUGGAUCAUCAGUGACUGCGAGACGAUCGCUAGAGUUGCUGCCCGUGACACGGGAAAGACGGCCGUCGAUGCUGCUUUCGGUGAAUUGCUGACAACAUGUGCUAAGACCGCAUGGAUCUCAAAGAAUGGAGAGAAAGUGCUCACACCGGAGACGCGACCUAACAACCUGCUGCUUGCGCACAAGACUUGCAAGGUCUUCCAUGAGCCAUAUGGCGUUGUCUGCGCCUGUGUCAGCUGGAACUACCCGGCUCACAAUGUGCUCGGUCCAAUCCUGUCCUCGCUCUUCGCCGGCAAUGCUAUUGUCAUCAAGUCGUCUGAGCUGGUUGCCUGGUCUUCCUCCUGGUUCAUCCUCGGCAUCCGUGCCUGCCUAGCGUCCUGCAACAUCGACCAGAAUCUCGUCCAGCUCGUCACCUGCUUCCCAGAGCACGCCGAAGCCCUCACGCAACACCCCAAAAUAGCACACAUCACCUUCAUCGGCAGCGAGACCGUUGGGCGAAAAGUAGCGCAAGCAGCUACGAAUGAGCUGACCCCCGUCACUCUCGAGCUGGGCGGAAAGGACCCGGCAAUCAUCCUGAAAGAUGCUAACCUUAAGUACUUCAAUUCGACGUUUAUGCGUGCCUGCUUCCAAGCGGUCGGUCAGAAUUGCAUUGGUAUCGAGCGCUUUGUCGUAUCGGACGCUAUUGUCGACAAAUUCAUCGCAAUCAUCGAGCCGCGUAUUAAAGCCUUGCGGUGUGGAUCUUUCCUUGACGAUACUCCCUUUGCGCGAGGCUUCGUCGGUGAGCCUCCGCAGUCGGACAUAGGGAGGGAAGUCAGCAAAAAGGGCAGCAACACGGUCAAAGAAGGGACUGAUCAGCAAGUCGACUGCGGCGCCAUGAUCUCUGAUGCUCGAUUCGGGCAUCUGGAAGCGCUCAUCGAGGAUGCCGUCAAGCAAGGUGCAAAGCUGCUCGUCGGAGGCAAGCGCUGGCAACAUCCCAAAUGGACAAAAGGCCACUACUUUCAACCGACGUUGAUCACGAACGUCACACCUGACAUGAUGAUCGCCCAAGAGGAGCUCUUUGCUCCUAUCUUCCUCGUCCUGCCCUUCAAAGGCGAAGAUUGGAAACAAGCCGUGGCAAUCGCCAACUCAACGCGAUAUGGCCUCGGCUCUUCCGUCUUUGGUGGCAACCGUGGCAUCUGUGAAAAAGUGGCAGACGGCCUGGACGCAGGCAUGGUUAACAUCAACGAUUUUGCUGUCUCCUACCUGAAUCAAGGCUUGCCUUUCGGUGGGGUCAAGAAAUCCGGCUAUGGGCGUUUCGCAGGUCCAGAGGGUUUGCUGGGCGUCACCACUCCAAAGGUUAUCACACGCGACACCUUUUUCAGCAUCAUCAGGACAGGCAUCCCGAGGCCGUUGGACUAUCCUUUCAACAACGCUAUCACAAGUUGGAACUUUGUCUGCGGUCUGCUGAAAUUUGCAUACGGAGAGUCUGACGAGUCUUUCAAAGGGCUCGGCCAGCUCAUUUGGAAUGCUUGGUAGUGUUGCCAAGCGAGACUUCUACGCAGAUUCACAGAUCAUAGACAAACGGUCUCUCUUGUGCACAUAGAU